AUGUUUCAACGCGCACUUUUCUUCUCUGCCUUGAUGGCGAGCGUGGGUGCCCAGCAAGUGGGAACCCAAAAGGCUGAAACCCAUCCGCCACUCACCUGGAAAGAGUGCACCUCUUCUGGAUGCACCAGCAAAGAUGGCUCCGUGGUCAUUGAUGCCAACUGGCGUUGGGUUCACUCAGUAGACGGCUACCAUAACUGCUACACUGGGAACGAGUGGGAUGCAACUCUCUGCCCCGACGAUGCGACCUGUGCCACUAACUGUGCCGUAGACGGCGCAGAUUAUGCCGGCACCUAUGGCGCUACCACUUCUGGAGAUUCUCUGUCCAUCAGCUUCGUGACCGGGUCCAACAUUGGCUCACGUUUCUAUCUCAUGGAAAAUGAGAACAAGUAUCAGAUGUUCAAGCUUCUGAAUAAGGAAUUCACUUUUGAUGUUGACGUGGCCACUCUUCCUUGUGGCCUCAAUGGUGCUUUGUACUUUGUGUCCAUGGAUGCAGACGGUGGUCUGUCCAAGUAUGAGACCAACAAGGCGGGUGCCAAGUACGGCACAGGCUACUGUGACUCCCAGUGCCCGCGUGACUUGAAAUUCAUCAACGGAAAGGGUAAUGUCAAGGGUUGGAAGCCGUCUGCCAACGACAAGAAUGCCGGUGUUGGCCCCCACGGCUCUUGCUGUGCCGAGAUGGAUAUCUGGGAGGCCAACAGCAUCUCCACCGCUCUGACUCCUCACCCUUGCAGCACUGAUGGUCAGACCAUUUGCGAGGGUGACAGCUGCGGCGGAACCUACUCCACUACCCGAUAUGCCGGCACUUGCGAUCCCGAUGGCUGCGACUUCAACCCCUUCCGCAUGGGUAAUGAGUCUUACUAUGGCCCUGGCAAGGUUGUCGACACUAAGUCAAAGAUGACGGUCGUGACUCAAUUCAUCACCACUGACGGAACCGACACUGGAAGCUUGAAGGAGAUCAAGCGCGUCUACGUUCAGAACGGCAAAGUCAUCGCCAACGCCGUCUCCGAUGUCAGCGGUGUCCCCGGCGACUCGAUCACCUCGGACUUCUGCACUGCCCAGAAGAAGACUUUUGGUGACCAGGACGUCUUUGCCGAAAAGGGUGGUCUGUCCGGCAUGGGUAAGGCCUUGGGAGAGGGCAUGGUCCUGGUAAUGAGCCUAUGGGAUGACCACAACUCCAACAUGCUCUGGCUCGAUGGCGAGAAGUACCCUGUCGAUGCUGCUGCCACCAAGGCUGGUGUCAGCCGUGGUACUUGCAGCACUGAUUCUGGAAAGCCCUCCACAGUCGAAUCUGAAUCUGGCUCUGCCAAGGUCGUUUUCUCUAACAUCAAGGUUGGCUCCAUCGGAUCUACCUACUCCAAGUAG